UGGAAAUCUGGGGGUAUUUCAGUAAUUAACCAAGUUCGAUCUCUACCUGCAUUUAUUGGUACGGCGUACAUACAUACGCUACGGGCCCCCGUCCUUUCUUCCUCCGCCCCUCCGCUCCGGCGAAUCGGAAUCUACUCCCUCUUCUUGUCCAGAAUGCCCCAACCUCUGUAAACUCAACUCCAAUCUCCUGCUGCUCCACGUGCUUAGUUACGUCUGUCUCAUGCUGCUGCAGGGAUGGCCCAAUACAGGCAGUUCGGCGGCAGCGCUAAUGGCUUCCGAAACAGCCUCGUCUUGGAUCACGGCGUCCGUUCGGCUUCCCGCCACUUCCACCUGCGGCGAUCCAAACACCUACCGUUUUACCGGAGGGUUAUCCUCGGAUUCUGGCUUUUGGCGCUUUUUCUCAUUCUAUUUAUGUUGGCGUUCUUCUAUUUAUCCUUGCAAACUAAAGGCGGUGAAAUAAAUAGACAACAAGUCCAAGAUGACAAUGUGGGUGACAUGGGCAUUGAUACUGACUUCCUCACAAAUGUGACAAGGACACAAAAGUCAAAGGAACCUAAAUUUGGUCGUGGAUCAAUUGCUCAUGGUGAGAAUUCACGCUACUUGGCUCGAAAUGACGGGAGAAGAAAAAAUGACUAUGAUGAGGAUAAAUGGAUACCACGCCACGAUGAUUCUGAGGUUAAUGAUCACACAGCAAUUAGCAGCAAGAAUAUAAAGUCUUUUGUUGAUAAAUCUGAUAAAAUCUUGAGUCAACGAGGAAAUGACUUAUACAAUGAGGCUGGACGUAAGGAAUUGAAAUUGUACGAAUCUGAAUAUGAAGCCUCAUCAAAGGGUAUUGGGAAGUCCAAAGAUGCAAGUGGUGAAAGAAAUCAACAUUCUAUUUCUGGUGAUGACAUUGGGAGGAAACAUGAAGCUCUAGACGAUUCUGAUGAAUAUGAUGAUGGCUUGGACUCGCAGGAUGAUCACAUGGAAGAAUACAAUGAUGCCAGACUUGGUGAUAGGGACCAUACUAUUGCCACUAUUGAAACUGGGAGUUCUCCUGAUCGGUAUCAUGCUGGAAAGAAGAAGAAAGACAAUAUGAACGAGGCCCAUGAAGCUUCCUAUGAGUUGUCUAAAAAAGAAUAUCUACCAGAUACUCAGCAUUCUAGUGAACGCAAUUACUCUGGAAGUUUGAGUAUUAAUGAAGAUCAGCCCACCCAAAAGUUAAUUUCUGAAAGGCAAUUCGGUUCGAAGAAAAAGUCAAAACGUCGCAAAUUUUCUGGUUCUUGUGACAUGAAAAUUUUGAAUGCUUCUGCACUGGUAGAGCCAUUAGAAAGUCGAAAAUUUGCAAGAUUUUCCUUGCACUAUACAGAAGAAGAACAGAAGCCCAAUGAGGAUCAAGAAUGGGCAGCUAGAUUUGGUGGACACCAAUCUCUCAAAGAACGGGAGGAAUCAUUUUUGGCUCGAGAUCAGAAAAUAAACUGUGGUUUUGUUAAAGGUCCUAAAGGUUCACCAAGCACUGGAUUUGACUUGGCCGAGGAUGAUGCAAAAUACAUUAGUAGCUGCCACAUUGCUGUUAUGUCUUGCAUAUUCGGGAACUCUGAUCGGUUGCGAUCACCUGUCGGAAAGAUGGUCUCGCGCUCUUCAAGGAAAAAUGUAUGCUUUGUCAUGUUUGUCGAUGAAGUGACUUUGCAAACCCUUUCAUCAGAGGGUCAAAUGCCAGAUAUGAUGGGAUUUGUUGGGUUGUGGAAGAUUGUGGUGGUGAAGAAUCUUCCUUUCUCUGAUAUGAGGAGAGUAGGGAAGAUUCCUAAAUUUUUGGCACAUCGAUUAUUUUCUUCUGCCAGGUACUCAAUUUGGCUGGAUAGUAAACUUCGCUUGCAACUUGAUCCAAUGCUUAUCUUAGAAUAUUUCCUGUGGAGGAAAGGUUAUGAAUAUGCUAUUUCCAAUCAUUAUGAUCGGCAUUGUUUGUGGGAAGAGGUUGCACAAAAUAAGAAGCUUAACAAAUACAAUCAUACCAUUAUAGAAGAGCAAUUUGCAUUUUAUCAAGCAGAUGGAAUGAAGAGAUUCAGUGCAUCAGAUCCGAACAAGCUUCUGCCCAGCAAUGUUCCAGAAGGCUCUUUCAUAGUAAGAGCUCAUACACCAAUGUCAAAUUUGUUUUCCUGCCUCUGGUUCAAUGAGGUUGAUCGGUUUACACCUCGUGACCAGCUAAGUUUUGGUUAUACAUUCCACAAAUUGAGAUGGAUGAAUCCUGAUAAACCCUUCUAUCUGCAUAUGUUCAAGGACUGUGAGAGGCGAAAAAUUGCCAAACUCUACCAUCACAGAUCCCAAGAGAAGAGGAGGAACCCUCAACAGAUGUAGUUCUAUAGAUGCUGUCUACCUUUCAGGAGCUGGCUCAUUCUUUUGUACUAUAUUUUUGGCUACAGUAACGCCCAUUUCGUUUUUGAUUGGUGUAGAAUGUAAAUUAACAGUUCAAUGCAAAGGAUGGAUAGGAUUCAUUCUUCCAUUGGGCCAAUGCAAACUAAGCAAGGUCAGUUUUACUAGCUUCUAAUAGAUAGCAUUGAAGCAUUGACAUUAAAAUCUAGAAAUCCUGAUACCGUUUAUUUUUUACGUUCAUUCAUUAUGUGAUCAUAAUAUUAAGCUUCUUAUAUAGUGUGUGUGUCACACUCACAAUAUUGAUUUCAUUGAAACCUGGUGGAACAUUGUUUCUUAAUGCUUACAAAGUCUAUCUACACCUUUUUAUA